AUGGAGCGAUCAUCUUCUCAAAGGGACCUUCGGUCCGAACGUCUAUCUCGAACCCCUUACACUCGACCUGAACCUUCCAGGCUGAGGAAAUCAGCCUCUAUGACUCCCUUUGCAACACUCAAAUCGAUAGUCAACUACGUUUCCUCCCCUUUUACGCGAACUUCAUCCUCAACGGCCGUUCUACCCACCCAUUCCACCUCCAAUGAAUUAGCAGUGAGGGUGACCGAUGUGGAUAUCGAUCAAAGGUCAGAAUCGGGUUCAGAGGAUGAAUGGAAUGGUGAACCACCAUCCAAGAUGGAAGGUCAGGAUAUCUUUUCUCUGGCCGCUGCAGCGGGCAGAGGAGGUGAUGAUUUUGACAAGAGGGCAGCAAGCUGGCGGAGUAAAGGUGAAGUCCCAGGUGGGAAAAGACAAUUGAACAGAUUAGCUCUUCAAAAUGCAUCUUCCGAUCUCAAACAGCUUGAACCUCCUACACCAACGGCACCAGGUCAUUUCAACUUCCUUAAAUCAUCACCUUCCAUGCCUGCUUUAUCCCAAUCUUCGUCUCUUCAAAUACCUUCCGCAUCAAGCAAACGACCUCGAUCGCCACUCGCUGCUCCCGAGUCUAGCACUUCGGCUUUACCUCAGGGAACACCCUUACCUUCUUCCUUCGUCAAACCAGCACCUACCACGCCAGUCAAUACGCAAGGACUAUCAGCUUCAGCCUCUUCAGUAGCCCUCACCGCAUUUUUAGAAGCCAAAAAGGGUCAACAGAUGACACCUGAAGACUUCAGAGUUAUCGAGACUCUGACUGAAAAUAUGAAAGCUGAAUCUCACUUGCCUGGUCAGACUCCACCGGAAAAGAAAUACGGUGGGUGGGCAGCUGGAUCCUAUCCCUCCGGUUCGGCGAUCAAAUCAUCUCAAUCUUUCGCAUCAUUCAAUACUCCUGCCAAAAGGACGGAGAAUGGAAAUGCUCAGACUCCUGGUACGGUUUUCUCUGUUGGCUCAACCACACCAAGGUCAAUCAAUCAACCUAGUCCUUAUAGACAGAGAUAUCUUGGUCCUGGCAUGUCGCCUAGGAGGUUGUUCCCUCAACCUAGGAAAUCAUCUUUGAAACCUCUUUUCAAUUUCGGAGCUGAGAGAGAAGAUACUUCGAAAGGGAAGAAGCGUAAAACAAACGAUGAAGAAGAAGUCAUGGAUGUCGAUCAAAAUACGUCUAGUACUAGCAGGGGUUUAUCGUCAAGCGCUUCAAUGCCUUCUCUUUCUGCUUUCUCGACCUUAUCCGCAAAUGAUAAGGAAAAACAGAAAUUAUCCGUUCCUUCACAUACACCAGCUAGACCUUCACCAUUAAGUCGAAAUAUCUCGUCGCCUGGAUCAGUCGCCUCUACUACACCUGUUGAUGAGAAAGCUAGAAAGAAAGCUGAGGCUGAGGCAGCUGGAAAGAAGAGAGCUGCGGAGAUCAUUAUGGAUAUAAUAGAUGAAGAGAUCGGACCUGUUAUACCUACCCGUAAAGCCGAACCAGUCAUAUUCAAUCCAUAUGAUCGAACUUCCCUCAACCCAUCACCUGCACCUGCUGUUCCGCCUACUGUACCCAGCACGGCUUUUGCUGGAUCUACGCCUAGGAAAUCAAAGGGGUCUUUCUCACCUGCACGAAGGACCCCUGCAAGAGGUGCUGCGGCGAAAUUGGAGUUGCAUAAAGAAGCUAUGAAGGGUAGUAAACCUUUAACCACCAUUGAGAGAAUCCAGGGUGUGAAACCGUGGGAAAAGGCUGGAAGUCCUGUUAGGUCCAGUAUUGGAAGAGUUGAGACACCCACACCAGAUGAGGAUAUAAUCGAAAUUGAUGAGCUUGUCGACGAAUCUGAAGCCUCGUCAUCUCGAGCACCUACACCUGCGCCCGCUCCCGUAUCAGCUCCUCCCAAACCUGAAACGGCAGCUGCAGCCAAGAUUCCAGCAGGAGAAACGUUCAAACCUUUCAAUCCACCUUCAAUCACAUUCAAUAAUCAACCUUUACCUCAAUCACAACCCGCUGUCAAAGAUAUUGAUACCACCUCAUUCGAUUCACCCAUGAGAAAAUCAAUUAUUCAACAAUCGUCAACUUCAGCUGAGGGGUCCAUCCCUAAACCUACUUUCUCAUUCAACGAACCAUCUCCUGCACCUUCGCCCGCUGACGAGGAAAUGCAAGAAGAACGAAGAGAAGUAACAGGGAAGUGCAGUACUGGCGAGAAUAACAAAUUGGAUUUAAGCAAGAUAUACCUCUCUGCGAAAGAUUCCGCCUUGAAGAUAUCAAAACCCGCUUUACCUUUCUUUACUUUCACUUUACCACCUCGACCAAUGGAAUCCACUCCGAAGAAGCAAGUAUUGGAAGAAGCCAAAAAGAGGGAUCAACCUACUUUUGAAUUCAGCCUGCCAGCAUCUUCCAUCGCCAAGGUGGCUGCUCCUGCUGCUGAAACUCAGUGGACUUGUGGGACUUGUAUGCUGAAGAACCCCGAAAGUGCGAAAGACAAAUGUACGAUCUGUGAAGAACCUAGACCUAAAGCUAGUUCAUCAUCAAGCAGUGUAUUCAGCACUUCGACUCUAGUACAACAAGCCAAGAAGAACGAUGAUCAAUGGACUUGUGGAACAUGCAUGUUGAAGAAUCCCGAUAGUGCAAAGGAGAAAUGCACCAUCUGCGAUGAUCCUCGACCGGCCCCCGCCCAAGUAUCCAGCAGCCAAUCUUCCAGUCAAAGUGGAUUUACAGGAUUUGGAAGUGGGUUCGGACCUAAGAAGACGGAAGGUACUUGGACAUGUUCCACCUGCAUGCUACAGAAUCCUGAGAGUGCGAAAGAGAAGUGUACCAUUUGUGAUACACCUCGAUAG